AUGCUUGAAAAGUUUCUUCUUCUCUUGCUCCUUCAUUCAUCAACAGCUUUAUUUGAGAGUUGCGAUAAAACCUUUGAGCUUGAGACGGAUGAGAACGUGACGAUAAGCUCAUUCGAUACUUUGAAUCUCUUCAACGCUUCAUCAUGUCGCUACACCGUCAGUGCACCUGUAAAUUAUAUUAUCGAUGUAACUUGUGUCAUACAAAUUGAUCAAUCAGAAUCUCACAAAUGUCCACUUAAGCGAUUCUUUUUAUCACUUGAUGGACAUAAAGACUUAAGGAAUUCUGAUUAUUUUUGUAAUCGUUAUGGAGCUCGAAGAAAAUUUCGCAGGCGAAGUGUUCUUAAUCGAUUAACAAUGGCUUAUGUCACUCAAGUUGACGUGACUAAUGAUCGUUAUAUUUGCUCCGUAAGAAGAGUUCUGUCGCCAUGUGAUUGUGGAUGGUCGAGGAAGGCACGAAUAUUCAAUGGAAAUGACGCAAAUCUUCAUGAAUUUCCCUCAAUGAUUGCGCUGGUCGCAUUGCCAAUAAAUCGUGUGUUUUGCGGGGGUGUAAUCAUAAGUGAACGAUGGGGAUUAACAGGUGCACAUUGUUUCAAUGAAGAGCUCUAUGCUGAUCUGUCUAAUGUUGCUGCUUACGUUGGCGAACAUGACUUAAGUUCUUCAAGCGAAACAAUCUACACAGAAUCUUACGAGCUUGAAAAAUAUGUGCGACAUGAGAAUUAUUCCCGAGAAGCAUACGAACAAGAUUUUGACAUUGCUUUGAUACGGACUGUUAAAGCAAUCGUUUUUAAUGCUGCUGUUGCACCAGCAUGUUUACCAUGGGAGUUUCAAGAAGACUCGUUUGACGGGAAGUUUGUCACCGUCACUGGUUUUGGUCUUUUAGAUUUUUUUGGUACUCCAGCGAAAAUUUUACAGAAAGUUUCUCUUCAAAUACUUCCGAUAAAAUACUGUAAAGAUUCAAUCUACAACAGUGCAAAAAUGUGUACAUAUGCUGAGAAGAAAGAUUCAUGUACGAGUGACAGCGGUGGGCCACUUUAUUACUCAAAAGGUCGUCAAUAUGUAAUCGGUUUGGUGAGUUAUGGUGUCGGUUGUGGAACAAAAACGCCAUCAGUCAAUUCCAGAAUCACGUCUUAUUUACCGUGGAUUGUGACGGUGACAGAAGACGAUUCGUUUUGCCGGAAGUCAUGAAAAUGAGGAAGUGAGAUGUCUGUUGAUUGAUUGGCUUGCUUAUAGAAAUUGAAGUUGAGUAGGAAAAGGAAAAUUUUCUUCUUCUUAAAUUUCCUUUUCAAUUCUUUCUCGUUUCUUCAUUGAAACGAGAUAGGAAGAAAAAAACUCAACUCAAUAAACU